AUGGUUUCCACAUUCCUCACCCCCAGCCGACUCGCCCAGGAGCACGAUCUGGCCUCGCUGCACCUGCGCCGCGACCAGGCCCUGCCCGUGGUGCUGGCGACGCAGGUGACGCGGGACGCGGACGACGGGUACGCCGAGGGCGUGGUGACCAACACGCGGUUCGGCUCGUUCCCGCACUCGACCAUCAUCGGCGUGCCCUGGGGCAGCCAGAUUCGCGCGAGCAAGGUCGACACCGGGUCGAGAGGCCGGACGAAACAGAAGCAAAAGCAAAAACAGAAGCAGAAGCAGAAGCAGCAGCAGUCGGGCAAAGUUGCCGCUGGUGGCGGCAGCGGAGGGAAGAAGCGCAAAGCCGACGAGGCGCUCUUGGGAGAUGACGAUGAUCGAAGAAAACUACUAGACGAGGAGGAAGAAGAUGGAGAUGAGGAGGAGGAUGCAACGGAGAGAGACGGCGCCGGACCGGGAGGAGCGAUCAAGGAGGCCGUCGCGGCGGAGUCAGGCUUCGUGCACGUCCUCCCGCCCACGCCGGAGAACUGGACCACGAGCCUCCCGCACCGCACGCAGGUCGUCUACACCCCAGACUACAGCUACAUCCUGCACCGCAUCCGCGCGCGGCCCGGCAGCAGACUGAUCGAGGCGGGCAGCGGGAGCGGGAGCUUCACCCACGCGGCCGCGAGGGCCGUCUUCAGCGGCUAUCCCGGAAAGGAGCCGGGUAGUGACGGUGAAAAUGCAAAGGCGGAGGAGGAGGAAAGGCACAGCAGUCACCUCGAUAAUGAUGUUGCACGGCAAGGAGAGGAGGACGAGCGGAAUGGAGCGGACGCGGACACGAAAAAAGACGGCAAAGGUGAAGAGGAUGAGGGAGAAGGGGAAGUCAAUGGAAAAGGGAAAAGCCACAAGUUCGGACGAGUCUUCAGCUACGAGUUCCACCGUGAACGGCACGAGAAAGUCAAGGCGGAAAUGGUCGAGCAUGGACUCGACACCAUCGUGCACGCCAUGCACCGCGACGUCUACAAAGACGGCUUUUUGGUGUAUGAUUCUGAAGAAACGCCCUCCAAUGAAAAGGCCUCACCCGCCGCCAACGCCAUCUUCCUGGAUCUGCCGUGUCCGUGGGAAGCUCUCCCACAUCUGACGCGCGAGUCACCAAGCGUCCUCGACCCGCGCUCGGCGGUCCAUAUCUGUACAUUCAGCCCGUGUAUCGAGCAGGUUCAGAAAACCAUCUCUGCUCUGCGCCGGUAUGACUGGAUCGAGAUCGAGAUGGUGGAAGUGCAGCACAAGCGCAUCGACGUCCGGCGCGAGUACACCGGCCUGCAGUACAACGGCGUGCGCGGGACAAAUGCCUUCGCGGCGGACGUGGAGGAGGCGGUGUCGCGACUGAAGGACGUGGAACAGCGGCUGAGGGAUUUCCACGCCGGGAAGAACCUGGACGAAAGCAAGAAGUCCGACAAGGUCAAUAGUGACCAACAGGAGCAACAGCAGGGCGAGGCAGCGAAGUUGCCGUUCAACGGAGGCAGGCUCGUGCACCGGACAGAGACCGAGAUGAAAACGCACACGUCGUAUCUCGUCUUUGCGAUUCUCCCCCGGACAUGGAGUGACGAGGACGAGGCGUUAGCGCAGCAGAAGUGGGCGAAGCACGUUAAGAUCGUGUCGCACACGCCCAAGAGCCAGCGCCAGUUGAAGAAGGAAGCGAAACUGAAAGCAAAAGGCCGCAGCCAGAACGGGGUCAAGGAGAAAACGUCGGACAUAGAUGAAGGUGCGGCGAAGGAUGCGGCAUGA